GCUCCAUUUAUCUAGUUCAUAAAUGAAACUCUAUGUCAUAUCUUCAUAUACAUUAUAUACAUAUAUAUGUGAGGAAGGAAUUAAGGACUAAAUGCUACUUAAUAUGAUUCAUCAGAAAUCAAAGCACAGGAAAAAUGUACAAUAUUGUCUGUGUGUUUCUGUAGCAACAACUGCCGUGUUUAUAAAAUUAUUGUUUAAUCUUUUCAAUAUCAGCUGAAUUUAUUAUAAAUUACUUGAUUUCAAAGAUAAUGGAAAACAUCUAGUUAAAAUAUGGCCUCUUAUUUUAAAAUAAUUGUAUGUAAAUCUAGAUUUUACAAAUGAGAAAAGUAUUGUGGAUGUUGACUUCAUUGGGCUCAUUUUGGGCUUCAUGUUUACCUUUAGUCAUGGUUGGAGCAUUCUGACCUUGUGUAGUUUGUUUAUGGAGUUUUAGAGAAUCUAAUAUUUCAAUCAAGUGACCCUGGCAGCCAAGCAGGAUCAAGUUGGGGCACGAAUCCAAAAUGGCUCCAAAAAUGUCCACUGACAUAAAUGCAAAAUAUUAAAAAUUGAGGCUGGCAGGACACAAUUUCAAUGGUUUCAGAGUUUAAUAUGAAGGCCUGAGUCCUUUUGUUGUAGGUGCAAAAGGCUUACCUUGAAAAGAGAAUUUCCUCAUUGCAGUAACACAAGGAACAUGUACUGUGUAUUCUAAAAAUAUAAUUAAGAAUCUGAGAGAAAAUUCAUUAUACUUAUUGCACAUUGACCAUCAUUACUUAACCUUUCUAAACUCACUUAGAAGUGAUUUUAGUAUAGAGCUGCUGCUCAAAAAUGGCUCCUGCUGUUGUUGUCAAAGCACUUGUGCAAGAAAAUAAGUACCACUUGCCUUUAAAUUGCACUAAAGGCACAAAGGGUUUUUUUAGUGGUAGGCCACAAAUCUGGUGGACCAGAAAAGUAAAAAUCAGCAGAGCUUGCUGCCUCUUGCCUUAUUAGCAGUGCUUUUCAUGGAGGUGUGAACAUCUGCAACUCUGAAAUGUGUUCCAAUGUCAUGAGGUUUUUCAGCAGACUUGCAGGAAUUAUUAAAGGAAAAUGCUUCUUAAUGCUCUUGUGACCUAAUUCCCUAGUCUGUUUUUAAUGAAACUGGGCAAUUCUCUUUGUUUUCCUUCUACCCCAGUGAUAAAUGAGGCUUUUUGACUUUUCAGAUUCUAGGCCAAACUUUUCUCUUGUGGGGGAGGGAGGCAUAGACUUCCCUGAUUCCGAGUCCUUCUGGAAAAUUUAAUCUGAUCAGAAAAUGCUUUCAUUUUCUCUUGGAUUUGUAGUCAGCUUAGUUCUGUAUGAUGCAUUUGACUCUGCUUUCACACGGACUGAGUGCAGCUUGCAAAUUUAGGGUUGAGAAAAAGAGAAAGUCUGUCUCGUUACCUCAUGUGCACUUACAAAUGAGGUGGAUGAACUUGUUUUAUCUUUAAGAACUCAAAAUGCUGGGAUGGGAAGAACAUAAAUAUGCGGCUUGUGUUUGUUUUGGGGAUUGGUUGGUUGGGUUAGUUUUGUUUUUUUUUUUAAUUCUCCUGCCUGCCCCAGUGCAUUUUGUGUGUGUGCACCCAGAGCAGAAUCAGUAACAGCUCCUUACCCUUUCUUUUUCACCUAAUCUUCAGUUUCUCCAGUGCUGUAGUCUGGGUUAAAGCGUGUAGCUUCCCUAUGCAUCCUCCCACAGCCAUGGGAAAGGCAGCACAGAAGGCCUUUUUCGUGUGUAGCAGAUGCACUGAAUCUCCUGGGGGACUGGCUAGGAAAGAGACAAAAAAUCUUCCUCCGGGGUGCCCUGACGGGUAUCCAGAACCUUGGAUGGGCUCGGGAUUGGUCCCAUCGCUCUCACCAACCUGACAGUUCGGACCAUGGCCCGUCUCCUGCCGCCUUUCCCGCGGUGACCCAUUGAGCAAGGCCUGCGGGCAGCCCUUCGGGGCAUCUCCGGCGGCAGCUGCUGGCCUGGCGCAGCUGAGGCUGUGGAGGAGGGCCUGUUGCGCCAGCAGCAGCAGCAGCGGGGGAGGAGGAGCCGGAGCCGUGCAGCAGACUGUGCCCGCUCGGGGCCGCGGCGGCGAGAGGCUGCGCGGGGAGCGGGUCCCUGGCCGUGCGCCCGCCGUGCCGCAGGUUUGCAGCAAUGGUAGGGGAAGAUGUAAAUGACAGUGAAGAUUCUGAACCAUCACUAUGUGAGAGAAAUGGCAUGAUUCCUAUGCAUGAGCAAAGUGAGCAGGCACCAACAGGAGGUGCCAAAGGUACUGAUGGGAAUGCACAAACAGAAGAAACUGCUCUCUUGAACCAUUGCACUCAACAACCUCCAGAACCAACAGCAGGGUCUUCAAUACCUGCAAGAACAUGGAGGCAAAUAUUUGCUUGUCCUCCUCAGGGUUUACUGGCCCAAACAGUGACAAAUGUUGCAUUUGUGGUUCUGGUUUGGGCUGUGGCUUGGUCCAUAACUGGGGCUGAGUGUCUCCCAGGUGGAAAUCUCUUUGGAAUUCUGUUUCUUUAUUUCUUUGCUGUCAUCGGAGGUAAAAUUUUUGGAUUAAUUAAAAUACGAACACUACCCCCUCUCCCUGCUCUUCUGGGGAUGCUACUUGCUGGUUUCCUAAUCCGAAAUACCCCGUUCAUCAGUGACUUUGUCCAGAUAAACCUACGCUGGUCUGCAGCACUGAGGAAUAUUGCUCUUUCCAUUAUCUUGACCCGAGCAGGACUUGGCCUGGAUCCAAAGGCUCUUAAGAAGCUCAAAGCUGUCUGUUUACGGCUUGCUUUCGGACCGUGCCUCUCAGAAACAGGCACAGCUGCUGUCCUUGCCUACUUGUUCCUGCAUUUGCCAUGGCAAUGGGGAUUUAUAUUAGGUUUUGUUCUAGGUGCAGUCUCCCCUGCUGUGGUGGUUCCCUCCAUGCUGAUUUUACAAGCUGGGGGAUAUGGGGUGGAGAAAGGUGUCCCAACUUUGCUAAUGGCAGCUGGAAGCAUCGAUGACAUUCUGGCUAUCACAGGCUUCAACACAUGUCUUGGGAUGGCUUUCUCUUCUGGUUCUACUCUGUACAAUGUGCUCCGUGGAGUGCUGGAGGUCGCUGUUGGAAUAGCAGCUGGGGGAAUUCUGGGAAUGUUUAUUCGAUAUUUCCCAAGCCAUGAUCAGGCAUCUUUGGCAUGGAAGAGAUCAUAUUUUGUGCUUGGACUGUCCAUGUUUGCUGUUUUUGGCAGCAUCUACUUUGGCUUCCCUGGAUCAGGAGGGCUUUGCACAUUAGUCUUAGCUUUUGUUGCAGGUGUGGGAUGGUCUGAUGAAAAGAGGGAAAUAGAAAAAAUUGUGGCAGUUGCAUGGAAUAUCUUUCAGCCUUUUCUUUUUGGUUUAAUUGGAGCAGAAGUAUCCAUUACAUCUCUUAGGCCUGAAACUGUUGGGCUCUGUGUUGCUAUAUUAGGCAUUGCCCUAGUUGUGCGAAUCAUAGCAACGUUCCUGAUGGUGUCUUUUGCUGGGUUUAAUUUCAAGGAGAAGGUAUUUGUCUCACUGGCAUGGAUUCCCAAAGCCACUGUCCAGGCUGCAAUAGGUUCUCUUGCCCUGGAUACAGCAAGACGACAUCAAGAUGAACAACUGGAAAAGUAUGGAAUGGAUGUACUGACAGUGGCUUUCUUGGCUAUCUUGAUCACUGCUCCAAUUGGAGCCCUGGUUAUCGGCUUGGCAGGGCCCAGACUUCUGCAGAAGGCUCAGACAAAUAGCAAGGAGGAUGAGGAAGGUGCAGUGGUUGGAGAAGAGGCAGAGGCCUGUGAACCUUCGUAAGACAGACAGACAGCUACAGCACUCUGGUCCUUCAACCCUGACACUUUUGUUGAGUAAAGACGGCAUGUCUAAUCUUGCUGGAGGAACAUAAAACUAUCAGUCACCCCUGCUAUUUUUAAAGCAGCCCUGGUGAAGUUCUAUAAAAUAUUUUUAUGUGAAGAUGGUGCCUUGAUAUGAACUAGCUGAACAUACAGUGAACAAGAUGACUUGGGAGUGAGUCACUGAGAAGUUAGCAGUCAAGAGUUACUUGAAAUGUGUGGGUGGUGAGGCCAAGGAGAGGGUCAGAAUUGUUGAGGUGUGGAGUGGAGUCAUGAGGUAGAAUAUAAGCAAAAAAAAAUGGAGACUAAUGUGAAUAACUGCUUGAUGGUUGAAACUGGGCUGUGAGAUGAGAAGUUAUACAACACAAAGAAAGCAACUUCAAAAUAAGAGGUUGCUGACACAUAAUGAACAAGUCCUGCCAUCA